GGGAGGAAACGAGCAUCUAAAGGCGGGUUGUUUUGGAGGGAGAAGAAGGAGGAGGAUAAUCCGACUGGAAGGAUAUUAAAAAUCAGUUUAACGGCCCUUUUUUGUCGGAACUUCCUGUUGUUGUUUUCUUAUCGAGUCUGUGCUGCACAGCCCGUCCUGCGUAUCGUCCGCCUCAAUGCUAUCAAACACAGAGCGUCGCGUUUGAGGACCGUUCAGCGGGGAUGUAGCGGAGGGCAAACAUACCUAAAGCCGCUUAAUUCAUUCAGCAGGAGUGUGUUGACAUUAGUCGAAGGUAAAGGACAUUUUUUUAAGCUGCUGUUGGUUUUUGGGAACUUGAACACGUCUCUUAAAGUCUACAGACCGUUUUUUAUAUUGAUGGAGGGUUGCUUCAUGAUGACCCCCGCCUGGAGGUCGUAGCUGACCCCUUUUCUCAUUUCCCACCACAUCCCUUGCAUAUCUCCCCAAUGAUGACUAUGAGCUCUAUAUCGGACUCUUUGGUCCAGCCUGAUCCCUCCAAAUCGGCGUUUUUGGAGUUCGGCGGCCACGGCUACCCCGGACACCAGCAGCCGUCCCCCGGCCUGUCCCACAACCAUUACCCGGUCCACGGUCUGCACGCGGUCGGCCCCUCGCAGCACGACGGACCCUUCUCCUCCGGUGCCGCCUCGUACGGUCGCCCGCUGGGAUACCCGGCCUAUCACAGCACCGUGAGCGCGCACCACCACGGUGCCUACCUGCCCUAUCAGCACGGGGGUCACGGCGGUGCGCUUGGACACAGCAGACUGGAUGAUGCGGAACACGAGAAGCCCACGGCGGUGAUCGAGAACGGGGAGGUGCGGCUGAACGGGAAGGGCAAGAAGAUCAGGAAGCCUCGCACCAUUUACUCCAGCCUGCAGCUCCAGGCCCUCAACCAGCGCUUCCAGCAGACCCAGUACCUCGCCCUGCCCGAGAGGGCCGACCUGGCGGCCAAAAUGGGCCUGACGCAGACCCAGGUGAAAAUAUGGUUCCAGAACAAACGGUCCAAAUACAAGAAGAUCAUGAAGAAUGGGCCCUGUGGACCUGAGGGAGACCACCUCGCCCCCCCACCCGCGUCCUCCUCUUCUCCCUGCUCUCUGUGGGACAUCAGCAUGGCCGCCAAAGGCGCGCCAGUGCACUCUGGAGGAUACAUGAACAAUUUUGCUCACUGGUACCCGGGACACCAGCAGGACUCCAUGCCGAGGACUCAGAUGAUGUGACGGCUGGAGGACGCAACACUUCAGGACAAAUUAUGGAUUUAUGCCAGCGAGCUGACUGUUAGGGACGCAGACAUCGUCACGGACCCGAGCCACUCUGGAGGCAAGAAUAACAUAACUGGCAGAGAUCAAUUGCAAUAAACAGAUACUGUGGCUUUCCUUUAAGCUGGAGCGGCAGGGGGGGGGGGGUCUACUAAAAAAUAUAAUAUCUUAACCAUGACUAUUUAAGGCUUUUCGCACUCCCAACUUGUCAAAUACAGAAGCUUAGUCAGUUGCCCUAUACGUCAAACUAUGAAGCUCCACAUACCCCACCCCCCCCCCCCCCCCCUUAAUCUACGUCAUGUACGAAACACAGCGUAACAAACGUACUUAUUUGAACCCAAAACCGUGAUCUUUUCCUCAACCCAACCAAGAAGUCUGGUUUCCUAAACUUAACUAAGUAGUAACAUAAACGUAUCUUCUGUCAUGAACGCAACGUUAGCCCCGUGUUGAGGUCUAUCGGACUACAGAUACUAUGUUAACAAAUGACACUAAAGGGGAAGUGACCAAGCGACCGUAUGUGACAAGUUGGGAGUGAGAACGUGUCGCAGCAGCAGCAACCCCAGAGUGCACUGAAUAGAGCAAGGGCUUGUUUAAUAAUAAACGUAUUCAUAAUCAUUUGUAAAAAGGGUGAGCGUGUUAUUUCUUCUCUCAAAAAGUGAACAUAGUCUGACUUCAUUACAGCCAGUCAAGUUAUUUCUGCCUCCAGAGGAACUCGGCCUGCCAAGACGUUUGUGAUUAAGCUACAACUCAAAGCUGAUGCCAGCCCUGCGUCUCUGAUUCUGGACAUUUCAGGGGUUUUUUUCCGUCUAUUCAGCGGCUUACGGUGUGGCGGGUACGCGUGUGAAAUGAAGGGUUCUUCAGGGCGUCUUUAUAGUUGGUCUUUAUGGAUCCGAGUCAAAGGACCUUCUGGUUUGCUCACGUUCAGCCAGAUCAGAUUAAAGAACUAAAGGAAAGAGGAAAAGUUCUUUUGACUGUUGUGUCUAUUUUUGUACUUGUGACAGGGUGUAACACUAUUAAGGGUCUGUGGAGCAUAGAGACCUUUAGAGAGCCAUCAUGGGACGUUGAAUACAGCACCAGCAGACGCUCUGAUAAGGUGUAUGAACCAGCAGGCAUUUAUUCUAUGGUACUUAUAAUCCCCUUUUUUUUAGGACUAUAUGGGAAAUAGGCACUGAAUCCACACGGUUACUUCAUUGUAUGAGUCAAAUUUUAUAGAUAUAUAUAUUUUUUCAUUGUAAUAAAAACAAAUCGAGAAAUGUAUUUGAAAGCUAUAGUGGGGAAAAAAAUGACAGCAGGUCAUUCAAGGCCAAUGUGCUUUUUGCCUUACGCUCCAGCUCAUCAAUGUUCAGUUCGUGGCCAGGAAGUGGAUUUCCAGAGGCUUUGGUGGUACAUGAUGGGCUACGUAACAGGGAUGAAUCAACAGCGGCUCCAUAAUUGUAAUUGUGAACAUUUCAUGUUUGUUUUUUGAUUCUCUGACGGAUUUUAAGUUU